AUGUUGGAACGUACGAACAAUACUUUGACGGCUAAUGAACUUAGAAAUGAUCGAGAUAUGAUGAUGUCCGCUGAUACACCUUUCGUCGAUGGUCCAACUACACAAGAUGCAAUACCAGUUAUUGAACGAACAUCACGUAGUAUUUCUCGACGAAAAGUGACAGUUAUUGUUUCUGUAGCUAUUACUAUUGGUGUUAUAAUUCUCGUCAUAUUAAUACCUGCAUUAGGUCUUCGAAAGAGUUAA